AUGGAGUCUGGCUUUGAUAACCUGGAUGCAGCUGGUUUUCUGGAAAUCUGGCAACACUUUGAUGCUGAUGAUAAUGGAUACAUUGAAGAUAAAGAGCUUGAUGACUUUUUCUGCCACAUGAUGCAGAGACUGGGUCCACAGGAGAAAGUGACUGCAGAGCAAGUGCAGGGCCUGAAGCAACGGUUCAUGUCUGCGUAUGAUGUCACCGCUGACGGAAAACUGCAGAUUCAAGAGCUGGCCCACAUGAUUCUACCUGAGGACGAGAACUUCUUGCUGAUUUUCCGCAGAGAGGCGACUCUGGACAACAGUGUGGACUUUAUGAAGAUUUGGAGAAAGUACGACGUUGAUUGCAGCGGUUAUAUAUCCGCUCAGGAGCUCAAAGCCUUCUUAAAAGACCUGUUCCAGCAGCAGAACAAGGAAGUGCCAUCUGACAAAAUGGAAGAGUACACAGACAAUAUGAUGAAAAUAUUUGACAAGAAUAAGGACGGCCGUUUGGAUCUAAACGAUUUGGCAAGGAUCCUGGCUUUACAAGAAAAUUUUCUACUGCAAUUUAAAAUGGAUGCGGGCAGUAAAAUGGAGAGAAAGAGGGACUUUGACAAGAUCUUUGCCCAUUAUGAUGUUAGUAAAACAGACGCACUGGAGGGCCCUGAAGUAGAUGGUUUUGUCAAAGAUAUGAUGGGACUGGUCAGGCCCAAUAUGACCGGCCCAGAACUGGACAAGCUGCGCACAGUGUUGCUGAGUCACUGCGAUGUGAACAAAGAUGGGAAAAUUCAGAAGAAUGAGCUGGCCUUGUGUCUGGGAGUGAAGAUGCCAGUCUGA